AUGGAGCUGACAAUACCCCAAGCUCCGCUGUUCUUUCUGUUCAGUUGUACCGCCGCACUGCCGAGAGCAUGGAAGCGUAAUAUCCAGCUCAAAAAGUGGAUUACCAGCGCUCUAUUUCGCUUUCUUCUCGGAAAUCUCAAACCUCGACAUAUUCAAGCCCUUUCGCCCACCACUUUGGAGACGUACACGGCGUGGGUCAAGGCGAUGCAACUACAAGGGGCAUCCAAAGACUCUUCGCAGGAGGCGUUGAAAAGCCGCAUUGUGCCGCUCCAAGUGGAACCCGCGGCUUCCAUUCUUUGGGUUGGAAAUCCAGACCGCGCGACAAAAUUCGUCUUAUUCUUCCAUGGAGGAGGUUAUGUUGCCCCGCUGACCCCGGGUCACCUCAACUGGUGCUGGCACGCCUACGUACACGAACAGCAUAAAGAAGGCACGAAUGGAAGUUUAAAGGAGCACAAAGUUGCUGUCGCCGUUCUGCAGUACAGCCUGGCUCCUGAGGCUAAAUACCCAACUCAGCUACGGCAGGCUAUUGCCGCCCUCGACCACAUCCUGGGACAGGGAAUCGCACCUCGAGACCUGAUCGUCGGUGGCGACUCGGCAGGAGGGAACCUAGCCGUUCAGUUGCUACACCACUUAUCUCAUCCGAAGCCUGGGCCGCAGCUACUCAAAGGCGAUGCGUUGCGGUUCGCCGGCUUUUUCUUGGUCUCUCCAUGGGUCAGUGGCCACACCGAUACAGUCUCGUUCCGUGAGAACGGACUGGUCGACAUGCUGUGCGCCUCAAUUGUGUCACAGUCUGAGAAACACGUUCUGGGCGACAUUAACGAGACGGACAGGCUCAAAGCACACCCUGCACUGCCCUUGGACAGCGACCUCACCUGGCUGGGGAACAUCAAGCAUGUUACUGAAUCUGUUUAUGUCACUUGUGGCCACGAGGAGGUGUUCAGGGAUCAUGUGUUGUCAUUCAGCGAAGCUGUUCGCCGGAUGAACCCUGAUGUGGAUGUAAAGUUAGAGGUUGGCCCUUGUGAAGUUCAUGAUUGUAUACUGUUAGAGGGGGUUCACGGCGUGUUCGGGGAUGCAACCCAGAGAAUGCAGGCGUGGGCCGCAUCUCGACUACAACGCUAA